AUGAGUCACCGAGUGCUGAUGCUGUUUCUGUCUGUGUGGAGCUCAGGGCUCUGGGCUGAAGACAAACAUGCUUCCACAGUUCCUGGUGAUUACAGGCUGGUGAACGGAGGCCACAACUGUUCUGGGUUAGUGGAGGUUUAUGAUGAGGGAACAUGGAGAAAUAAAUACUCAGAACCCUGGGAACAGACGGAGGCCGCUGCAGUGUGCAGGAAGCUCAACUGUGGUUCUGUUGUGUCUUUACGAAGAUAUUUUAAUCAUGAUGGUUCGGAUGAGGUUUACAGACUACGCAUCACGUGUUCAGAAUCAUUGAGGCUGGUGAACGGGACCAGCCGGUGUUCAGGCAGACUGGAGGAGAGGUCCAAUCAGUCGUGGUCCUUAGUGUGUAAAGAUGGUUUCCAGUGGCAGGAAGCAGAGAAGGUCUGCAGGGAGCUUGAGUGUGGGCCCCCUUCAGCCUUAUUUGGGGAACUGCACAGAGAAAAGGAGGCUCCACUGGGGUCCAAAGAGCUCCAGUGUCCAAGAAAUGAGUCCGACCAUGAAGCUGCUGUUCUCAUCUGCUCAGAGCAACAGUUUGUGAAGUUGCAUAUGGCUGGAGCCAGCAGGUGUAGCGGUAAACUAAUGAUGAGGCAGCUGAUUAAUUGGUUGUAUGUGGACGAGAAGAACUGGGACCUGAAGGUAGUGGCUGCAGUGUGUCGACGGCUGGACUGUGGAUCUCCAGUCUCUAUCAGGAGUAGAUCGAUUUCUUUAAAGGCUGGAUGGAGAAUCAAAGCUGACUGUGAUGUAUUGUCAUCAGACUGUCUUCUGUUUAAACCAUCUACUUCAGUCAUAGAGAUCACCUGCUCAGACUCAGUGAGGCUGGUGAAUGGGACCAACCUGUGUUCAGGUAGACUGGAGGUGCAGUUUGACUGGUCGUGGUCCUCAGUGAGUGAAGAUGGUUUUGACCAGCAGGAUGCGGAGGUGGUCUGCAGGGAGCUUGGCUGUGGACCUCCCUCAGUCCUCCAGGGGGCGCUCUUCACAGGAGGUCCAGUGUGGAGAAAAGGCUUUGAGUGUGAAGGCACCGAGUCUGCUCUGCUGGCCUGUAACAUCUCAGCUCCAGAUAGAACCCCCUCCUCAGCCAACAGAUCUGUUCAACUCACCUGCUCAGAUCCAAACUCUCUAAGGCUGGUGGGAGAGUCCAGCCUCUGUGCCGGUAAGCUGGAGAUGACAAACAAGGGAGAGUGGAGGCCUGUGGUGGACUGGGAGUUAAUAUGGAACCAGGUUUCUGCAGAUGCAGUGUGCAGACGGCUGGGCUGUGGGACUGCAGUGUCUGCAAAUAUGAAGAAAGAACAUGAGGACAGACCCGUGUGGUGGAUCAAGUCCUCCUGCAUCCAGUCAACAUCUGUGCUGCGAGAUUGUGUCACACUGACUGGUUUGGGUAAAUCCUCCUGGAGCAUGGAGGUGGUCUGCUCAGAACUGCUGCUUCAGCCAACAAUUGUCACCUUUCCCAACAGUAUGGAGGUCUUCAGGGUGGACCAGCGGGAGCUUCAGGUGCUCCUUGGCUCCAGCUUCAGCAUCAUGUGCUACAUCCCAGCCCAGUACCAGGGAGGUUACUUCCAGCUCCUGUUCACUGCCUCUAAUGCAGCACUCAGCUACUCGCUGCCAGCUGUCAAUCACUCUGCCCAUUUCCGCUUCCCUUCGAUGGACCUCAGCCACCAAGGCAGCUACAGCUGCAUUUAUCAUCUCCACGUUUUCUCCCAGGACUUCUCCUCUAAGAGUCAGACCAUCUACCUCAGAGUCGGAGCCUCUGUAACAGAUCUGAUCAUCAGACUCGUCGUCCUCCUGCUGGGAAUGACUCUAUCUGUCACUGCCAUCUGCUGCUACUCUAAGAGACUGGCAGCCAAAGCCAGAGUCCAGGAGAAAACAACUGUGAUUUGUGUUGGAGGAGAGAAAUAGGAGCAGGAAGAUUUGUUCUGGACUCACUUUGGAUAUGAAGUGUCAUCUUUUUAAGCCUUUUGUUUAUUAUGAGCUGAGUUUAGCCUUUUAACCUCCUGAGACCCUACAUCCUCAUACGGGGACAUUAAGCUUGAUUAAGGUAAAUUAUAAGUGCAUAGAACAUAAAAGCUCAGGUCUCAGGAGGAUAUAUAUCACCUUUUAGCUGCCAGUUCAGGAAGUUAUUCUGCUUCAUUUAGACCUGUUGUCCUCAUAAAUGGAUGCUUUUGUCUACCAUCUAGUGGUAGAAAUGUUGAACCUUGUUUAUUUUAUUUACGCUUAUUAGCUUUUCUAGUUUUAUAUGACGCACAGAUUCUGUCAAUAGAAACGAGCUACAACGUCGCUAAUUAGAAAGUACUCGUUAGAGGAUAUUGGGACUUUAUUGUUUGCAAUUGUGUCUUUUCUCAGCCACGUUCAGGUAUUAAAAUCAACAGUUUUAUGCUUUGACACACACAGGUGACUUCAUUGUAAUAUACAGUAAAAUAAUCCCUGUGUCCAGGAUGUUGCAUCUUGAUAAUGGUUGACUAUUGACCAAGGUCACGGUGUCAAACAUACGGCUCAUGGGCCAAAAGCAGCCUGUCAGAGGCUCUAAUGGGCCCACAGCAUGAAUUUGCAAAGUGACAAAAAUUACGUAGAGCACGACAAUUUGUCAGUGAUGAUAACUGCUCUUCCUAAUUUGUCCACUGUUUUAAUCAGAGAAGUGGACAGAACACAACACUGAGACCCGGGACAGAACAACAGGGUGCAACAUACUUAAAUUUCAAAAGUUUCUCCCCCUCAAUCUGUGUGUGUCUGUCUUUCUCUGCAGGUUUUUCUGUGGUGCUUUGAUAGAUGGAAUUGCUCCUGAAUAAGGUCCAUGCUAAUAAAACAGGAAGCAAGGCACACUGAGACUUACUUUUUGUUCUAAAUAAGUUUUUACAUAUAUUCUGAAAUUAAAUAUCCCAAAUUUGACUGUAGAGGGCAGAAACCCCAGGGUCUUUCUGUGCAUUAAGAUGUUUCUCAAGCUUUUUCAAGUUCUCAAGCCUCAUUUAUUAAUUGAAAAGUGUUUGCAUGUGCAAAUUACUGGAUGCAGACCAAUAAAUGUGAAUUGUAUAGACACAA